CUUGUCAUGCCACAGUUUCAUACAAAGUAAAUAUCGAACAAAGUUGUCUCUGAAUAAGGGCAUAUAUAUGUUUCCCGAUGCGGUGGGCUCAUAACACUAUCCCAAUGGCUUCAUCCCGUACUGCCUCUAUGAUUUUCUUGUCAUUCGCGCUUCUUGUCUUUUCGACAUUUGAGCGCGCUUCAUGUGCUGCUGCUUUCACAAAUGCCACUUGCAUCGAGAGGGAGAGGGAAGCUCUUCUCGAAUUUAAGCGAGGCCUCGUCGACAAGUCCAAUCUCCUGUCAUCAUGGGUUGGAGAUGACUGCUGUUCGUGGAAGGGGGUCAGAUGCAGCAAACUGACGGGCCGCGUCCUGAAGCUCGACCUUCGAAGUCCAUGUGUUGUGCCCUUCUACUUUGGUGAUGUACUGCUCGACCAAUUUCUGGGGCACGGGAACUGCACUUUGACAGGUCACAUACAUCCUUCUCUAGCCGAACUGCAGCAUUUGAAUUACCUAGACCUGAGCUGGAACAACUUUUCGUACGCCGAAAUUCCAGAGUUCCUAGGCUCACUCUCUAAUUUGGUGUAUCUUAACCUCUCCAAUGUAUUCGCCGGGAAGGUCCCCUGUCACCUUGGGAACCUCUCCAAUCUGCAGUAUCUUGAUCUCAACAACUUUCGUGAUUUUAUUCAAUAUGUAAGUGGUUAUGCAACAGUCAAUAACCUUGAAUGGUUAUCAGGUCUUCCUUCCUUGAAACACCUCGACUUGUCUGGCAACUCCGUUAGGAAUGCCCAACAGUGGUUGCAGUCAAUUUCCAUGCUUUCUUCUCUUCAAUUUUUGGGAUUAGCAGACUGUUCUCUUCCAAUCUCUGACUCCACCUUGCAAGUGAAUUUCAGUACUUCGCUGGAGUUUCUUGAUCUGUGUGGUAAUAAUAUAGGCAUAGGCUCUACCAUUCCUAAUUGGUUGCUCAAUUUAAGCUCUACCACUCACCUCGACUUGUCUGGCGUCUUCUCUAAUUUUGAUGGAGGAGCCGUCUCCUUUCCCACUGAGAUCAUCAAUAAUAACAAACAACUUGCCUUCCUUGAUCUCCGAUAUAAUUCCAUGAGAGGUGAGCUGCCGAAGAAUCUCAGCAAUCUCUGCCACCUGUUUGCGUUGAAAUUGGGAGGUAACGACUUGACUGGAGGUAUUUCUGCUGCAUUAGGCAAUCCUUUCAGCUGCCUCCAGAAUACGUUGAGAUACUUAGAUCUCCAGGGGAAUAAAAUCAGCGGUCGUUUGGGGGAUGAAAUUAGGCACUUCAAGAAUUUAGAGUAUAUUGGACUUUCGGGAAACUCAAUCGAGGGUCCAAUUCCAGUGUAUCUGCCUCAGCUAUCCUCUUUGAAGGAAUUGGAUCUCGGGUACAACAACUUGACGGGUGGCAUUCCAGAAAGCAUUGGCCAGAUGUCGAAUCUAUUUUAUCUAGUCUUGUCCAACAAUCUCUUGAAAGGAGUGGUGACCGAACUUCACUUGGCUAAUCUCACGAGCUUGACUUGGUUGGACAUUUCGUCAAAUGAGUUGGCGGUCAAGAUUAACCCAAAAGUGGUUCCUCAUUUCAACUUAAUUUAAUUGACAUGUCAAACUGCAAAGUUAGGCCUCAAUUUCCCGCAUGGCUUCGGGCACAGAGGAACAUCAGUGAGCUGGAUUUGUCCAAUGCAAGCAUAUCAGGUAUCAUCCCUAAUUGGUUUCACAACAUCGCUUUUAACAUCGAGAUCCUGUAUCUGUCUAGCAAUGAGUUGAGUGGAGAAAUUUCUUUGUGCAAUAUGAAGUCCUUACGAGGUUUUGACAUCUCAAAUAACAAACUGUCUGGGACACUCCCAGAGUGUUGGAAAAGGUUACGUCAAUUGGAAGCAAUAAACUUGGGGAACAACCAGUUCAGUGGCCUGGUUCCAACAUCCUUAUGCUCUAUAAAAGAGCUGUCCUUUCUGGGGCUACACGGCGAUGCCUUCAGUGGGAGUAUCCUCAAAUGCUUAAGCACUAUGACUUAUCUUAAUGUGCUUGAUCUGAGUCGAAAUAAAUUGAUUGGUCGAAUCCCCUCUGGAUUGGUCGCAUGGUUGAGCUAAGAAUGUUGAAUCUUGAGUUUAAUUCCUUCUAUGGGGAGAUUCCUAUGAGCAUAUGCAAACUCGGAUACCUUCGAGUUUUAAACCUUGCACACAACAACCUCUCUGGAAGCAUCCCCCUUUGCUUUGACAACUUAACCACCAUGUCCGACCCAAAGUACCCUGGUGAGACAAUCAACCCUUAUUGGUUUGGAGUUGAGGUCCAUAUGAAGAGCAUAACCCUAAUAUACACGAGUGUACUCCGGUAUCUUUUCUCUAUUGACCUUUCAAAUAAUAGAUUAAAUGGAGAUAUUCCGGCUGGGUUGACACGGCUCUGUAACCUUGAAAAUCUGAACCUGUCACAGAAUGAUCUCUGGGGAGGAAUUCCUCCAAAGAUUGCCAAUCUGAAGAAGCUGGAGUCCCUUGAUUUGUCCAUCAACCAACUCUCAGGCCCCAUACCACAGAGCUUAUCCGAAUUAUCUGGUCCCAUUCCCUCUAGUGCCCAUCUGAGUACAUUUACAAAUGAAUCAUAUCUCGGGAAUGAUGCGCUAUGCGGGCCUCCACUUUCAAAGAAUUGCUCAGGAGAUCAUGGUCAAUUUGACGAUAUUCACAAACAGCAUGGUGAUGAUUCGGCAGGUAAAGACGAGUCCUAUGCCUGUUGGUUAUAUUCAGGCAUGGCCCCAGGCUUUGCCACGGGAUUCUUGGGAGUUUGUUGCUCAUUAUACUUCAAGCAUUCUUGGAGGCAGUCCUUCUUUCUUUGGUCGGACAAAAUUAUCACCCAAUUGCUUGUGAUGGUAGAGAUUAAGCUGCAAAAAGUUACCCGAAAAUGCAAAAUGAACCCAAUCAGGUGACAACUGACAAGAUCCUACAACGAGAAGCACUUGCAAAGAUAGCUAUAACAAAGGUACCCCCAG